AUGUCUCUCUUAAUAGGAUACGCCGUGGCGAAAAAGUCCUACGAAAAGUACAAGGCAGGCGAAGACCCUCUCGUGAGCAGCCAGGAUAUCCUGAAGAAUGGAUUUUUAGACCCGAAUUCCAACUAUACGGUCAUAUCCUGUCGGGAGUGGGACGCCAUAAACGCAGAGUUCCUGUGCGAUGCAGCAGUUCCCGUGGGAAGAGUCCGCAUGCACGUUACAGUAAGCCCUGACGGAAUCUCGAAAGAUUUUGCAGUCCCUGCAGGAGAGAAGCUCUUCAGCGUGAUCCGAGUCGUUCUCUUCUCGGAGAAGAUGUCCCUCGAAGAGUUCCAGCAGAACUUCGCCUGCACAGUCUCUCCCCCCGUGGGAAUGGGAGAGUCUCUCGUGCGGGGAGAGUCCGCUGAAAUAUCCGUGAAAAUCACGAGAAAAGUCUCUCCCGAGAGCCUGCAGGACGAGAACAGACCCGUUGAGUUUCGGAAUGUGGGACUUACUUGCUACAUGAACACGGCCCUGCAGGUCCUCCUGGGAGUCAGCGAACUCUCAGACGCCGUCCUGCAGAUCUCCCAGGAGGAAAUUCGCGAGUUCGCCGCCCGAAAAAACACCAGGCAGGGAUACGACCGAGAAAAGUGCGGAGUCCUCCUGCAGGCGUAUAAAGCCCUCGUUAAAACUGCGCGCAGGAGGGGAGACUGCCUUGGGAAGCUGAAGGAGAUAAAGAGGGCUCUGGGAAGCAUAGAUCCGCGAUAUAGAGGAUGCUCUGAGGAAGACGCAGGGGAAGUUUUCUCCCUGAUCCUGAACAAUUUCAACUACCUCUUCGAGAAAACCCCGUAUGAAAGCCUUAUCCCCGACCUCUUCGUAUACACAGCAGAGUCCGUGCGAGUCCUUCGGAGUCACGGGGAAGUUGUUGGGAGGAAGGUGAAGCCUCUCUACAGAUCCUUCGUCUUGAACGGGUCUUUUGGGUCGGAGGGAGGACCCCACGGACACGUUCUCGUGAUCCAUCGGAAUCAGCUCAUCACAACGGGACUCUGUUUAUACCAGGGAAAAACAGUCGGGGAGAUCCGGGAAAGCGUCAGCAGGAAGUUCCAGGAGCCGGUCUGGAAGGUCCUUGCAGUGCAGAUGGAGGGAGAGCGCAUCCGGAAGGUCCCAGAUGCAGAGCCUUUCUCCUUCAGGAAGAACCUCCUGGAGCAGUCUUUCGUUUACGUAACGGAUGAAGCCCUGGAAGACGCAGAAUUUCUCUUUAUAAGUUACACUCCGGGGAUUGAGGGCCUUUCCUUCCUCGCAUCUUUUUUUAGCGGAGUGAAAAAUGUCUUCCAGAUCCCGUUUCUCGUCCGGAAGAAGUGCAAUAUCGCACAGUUCCUGGGGGAGAACCUGAAAAUAAAGAGGCGAACUGACGUCCCAAAUACAGUCCUGGAGAUAAAGCACAGCAGAGAGGAGACAGAGGAAUACUUCGGGUCGAUGGUAGUAGCACUCACGAAUAAGUACUGGGAUGCAGCUGAGCAUAUAGAGAGCAUAAAAAACAGAAAGUACGAGGUAAGAGACUGCGUCCACGUGCAGUGCGUAGUAAGUAACUGGGAGAGUCCGUCCCGCGAGAGGAGGGAGGAGGAGGGGAAGGAGGUCGAAGAAUUCACGCGUUUCAGAGGAUUCUCGAAGUAUUUUUGCGUUCAGCUUCCCGUGGGCCUGGGGAAGGGAGGGGAGAAGUUCGACAGGCAGAAGUUCUUCGUGGAGAAGGAGGGCCUUGUUUUGGACGGGGCUGCGUACUCUCUCGUUGGGAUUCUGGUCCAUCACAGCUUUGGGAUAGGAGGGCACUACGUAGCAUUCACACGGCGUGGGGGGAUGUGGUACCACUGCAACGAUAGUAGCAUCACAAAGUCCUCAGCAAAUGAUGCAGCUUCCACGGGGUAUCCGUACGGGAUUUUAUACAGAAGAGCAGACCCGUAG